UUCGUACUGGCCUUAUUAACGGGGUAAGGUUAAUGUUGAUCACGAUUGUGAAACAUCGCUUUAUCUCUUUCCAACUGUUCAAAUCUACUUACUCAAAAAUUUAAGUGUUACACGAUAGGCAUUACGUUUCUAUUUAUUUCUAACAGUUUCUGUUGUCCAUUUACUCAAGUAUCUACAACCGGGUUCGUUACCGUCAUUCAAUGUUAUUAGGAAAACGUAUGAAAACAAUUAGAGUUAUGAGCAAAACUCAGUUCUACGUGAAAUUAUUUGACUGUUAUUACAUAUAGUUAUAAACACUUGAGAUGAUUUUUCUUUCUCCUUUAUUAAUGAACAUUAUUUAAAGUCAAUAUGUAAGUAUUGUUUCCAGCACUAUCUCGUAAGACUAAUUCAUUUCCUUCCAUGUAAAGAAAGUAUAGAGCAUAUCGAGAGGUAUGACGCAAUCGAAUUAUUUAGGUAACUCAAAUUUUAACUAUUUAUUAAGGUUGCUGAGUCCAUUUGAAAUUAAAAUGAUCGUUAACCACCUUUUCGCUGCACGUAUAUCUUUUUGUUGUACACUAUAUAAGUGGGACCGCUGAAGUCAAUCUUCAAGUUGGUCAUAAAAUCCGUGUAACCACUGAUUGCGCAUACAUGGAAGCGUGUAAUGAGUCUAUUCUGUAUGUGGAUUACCGAAAUAUUGUACAUGUUUUGUCUAAAGGAUCAAAGAUUUUCGUUGAUGAUGGUUUAAUAAGCUUAGUGGUUUUGGAUAAAGGUCCUGAUUACCUUGAAUGCGAAGUUGAAAAUGGUGGAAAGCUAGGGUCUCGUAAAGGAGUUAAUCUCCCAGGAGCCCAUGUCGAUUUAGAUGCAGUAUCAGAAAAAGACAAACAAGAUCUUCGUUUUGCAGUUGAGCAUAACGUUGACAUGGUGUUUGCCUCUUUCAUUCGGAAUGCUGAUGCUGUACACCAGAUCCGUCAACUUCUCGGUGAUAAUGGUUCCCACAUUAAAAUCAUCGCUAAAAUCGAAAAUCAUGAAGGCGUCCAACGAUUUAAUGAAAUCCUUGAUGCUGCUGAUGGAAUUAUGGUUGCUCGUGGUGAUCUAGGGAUAGAAAUCCCUGCUGAAAAGGUUUUCAUAGCACAAAAGAUGAUGAUUGGUCGCUGUAAUCAGGUUGGGAAGCCUGUGAUAUGUGCCACACAAAUGUUGGAGUCAAUGACUACUAAGCCUCGUCCAACACGUGCUGAAUCAAGUGACGUUGCUAAUGCCGUACUUGAUGGUGCAGACUGUGUUAUGCUUUCAGGAGAAACGGCCAAAGGAUUAUAUCCAUUAGAGGCUGUACAAACUAUGCACCGUAUAUGUGUACAGGCUGAGGCAGCAAUGUUUCAUGGACAAUUGUUUGAAGAUUUGAAGUCUUCUUUAUAUGGUCCAACUGAAAUGGCUCACACCACUGCAAUUGCUGCAGUAGAAGCUGCUAGUCGUUGUAAUGCUGCCGCUAUCAUUGUGAUUACAACAUCUGGCCGUUCAUGCCAACUGAUCUCACGUCAUAGACCUCGUUGCCCAAUUCUCACUGUGACACGUCAUGAAUAUAUUGCUCGUCAAAUUCACCUUUAUCGUGGCGUUCAUCCUCUGUAUUAUGGUGAACCACGAGCUGGAGAAUGGUACGAAGAUAUGGACCGUAGAAUUCGUUAUGCUAUUGAUUAUGGUAGAAAGCGUUCAUUUUUCUCGCCUGGGUGCUUCGUAAUAAUCGUAACUGGUUGGAAAGCUGGUUCCGGUUCUACAAACACACUUCGUGUUGUCAAACUAGAAGAUGCAGAAACUAAGCCAAUAGUUAUGGUGCCAAGUAUCACACACUUUGAUGAUUAGGUUAACUUAUAUAAUUGAUUAUUCAAAUGAUGAGACUUUAUCACAAACACUUUUUCAGUUCUUUUAGUUUCAUCUUAUGUACUUCAAUUUAGUCAUGUUCCGUUCCUUACCCUCUUAAUCACAGAAAUUCUUGUCAUUUAUAUCAAUAGAUGUAACCUUCCAGCUGAUUUUCGUUUUAUUCAACUACUUUAUGGAAGCAUCACUUAAUAGAUGUGUAUGUGUGUAGUCGUCUUUUUUAGUGGACCUAUGGUUGUACUUCUUUACUUUCCUCUUUUCACGCACCCAACUUAGAAAUGUCUGAAAAUUUAUAAAAUAACAUUUUAUUUUUUGUCAAAUCAAGUCAUUGAUUAAUCAUUUUCCUGCAUGUGUGCGUCAUAUUAAAAUAAUUGUACGCAAUAUACUUUCCAGAUAAUU